CUGUUAUCAUUCAGUCAGGUCCCAUCCGUUGCCAUUACAAUAUUAGAAAGCAGUGACUUAGGUACUGACUUCAUUUUGUUGGUUGCGAGACAAGAGAUUCUUCACCGAACAAAAUGAACUCUGUCGUUUUCCUAGCGUUGUGUUUAUGUGUCAGCUAUGUUGCCAGCAAAGAGUCGGUUCCUCUGGUGACUCAAAACUACCAGAUGACUAUCGAUGAUAUGCUUGUCCAACAAGUGCAGAAAGAGUUGACUGCCAGCUACAUUUACCAAGCUUAUGCUUCUUACUUUCAAAGAGCGGAUGUAAGUCUUCCUGGAAUCAAAAAGUUUUUCUCUGAUGCUUCAAUAGAAGAGCGUGACCAUGCCCAAUCUUUGAUUGAUUACAUCAACAAGAGAGGUGGCCACGCCCAGUAUGACAAAAUUGACUUAAAGGCAGUUUGUGAGACAGUGAAAUCCUUUGGCAGAUCAGACACCAGCGGCCUGAAUGACUUUGAGGACAGGAGAAUGUGUAUUUGCGGAUUCGUUGCAACAAAAACAAUUAAUGAUAACUGCGGCCCACGGGAAGAUUGGAAAGAAGGUUUGAUGGCCUUUGAGGACACUUUGUUGAUUGAAAGGUACGUGAAUGUUCAACUGCUGGACAUCCACAAGAAGGCAGACGCCGAAAAUGACGCUCAUCUGACCCACAUCCUGGAGCACGAGUUCUUAGAAGAGCAAGUCAACUCAAUUAACAAGAUUGCCCAUCACGUCACCAGACUCCGAAGUUUCGAGAAGAACAACGGAAACAAUUACAAGCUGGGAGAAUAUAUUUUUGAUCAGCACUUGAAAUAAACAUUUGGAGACAGUGUACAGAAUCAUGCCAUCUUGUAUAAAUUGUGAAUAGUUUUUUUUGUUGUUGUUAUCAAAUGGAGAUAGUGUCAAAACAUCAGGACAAAAACAAUAUAAUUGGAGUCCAAAAGAUAGGUAAAAAAAAAAUGAAA